GGCUCACUACCACAUUCAAGGUCACAGUCUAAAAAAAAAAAAAAGACUAUUUUGUUCAGCUCUGAGCAGAAAGCCAGCCACCUUUAAGGAUCUCGCUGAGACUUUCCGAAGGGAAAAUGCUGCAUUUUAACUGCAGGGUUGCUCAGCACAUGUUCUCCUUUUGAAAGGGACAGAAUUCCAACUGUGCAUCCAGAGGCCACAUCCCACCCAGUAAGACUAGCUAUAUAGUCACCCAUCAGCGAAAGUGCUCCAAUGGCCCGGCUUCUUCUUCACAGUAGCUCCUGCUUUCAAAGAAGUGGGCCGUGGCUUUUUCCUCUUAGGAAGUUUAAAGAUGAACCCAAUACCUCUUUACAGAUUUUUGCGGACACAGCCCCGACCAACGAGUAUGGGCACCGACUUCAAAAAGCAUUAGUUGUGCAAACAAGUUUCCUAAAUCCUCUUACUGUUAAGAAGCAGCAUUGCGAUGUGUCUCGUGUACUGCAUGUGUUAAUUCGGUAUUUAUUGAGCGAUAGCUAUAGACUCUAAAAUAAGAUUUAACAAUUGCAGAAAUCUCGGGGCUUUUAGGAACUCUCUUUCCGGAAACCACCUUCCUCCCCUUCUGCACUUCAAGGUUUAGUACUGAGGUUCUAGACGGUGAGGUGGUGGUAUCUAUGAGUUCUAUGUAAAAGGGAGUGGGGGAAAGCCGGGAGGUGGGUCGGCUAAUCAGUUGCCGGCUUUCUUCUCCUUUGAUUAGAAAAAGCGCGCGCGCGUGCCAGUGCUGACGUCAACCGUAUUUUUCACCCCUGUUUUUGUCUUCUUGUUCUUCUAGAACAAAACUAUCCGAGAUGACUGUCACUUACUCCAGUAAAGUAGCAAAUGCCACCUUUUUUGGAUUUCAUAGGCUGCUCCUCAAGUGGAGAGGGAGCAUCUACAAGCUCCUAUACAGGGAAUUUGUUGUUUUUGCCCUUCUUUACACAGCAAUCAGUUUGGUGUACAGGUACUUUUGCUUUGCAUGUCUCCUUAACCGGCCCUCAGAUGUUACGUAAGAAUAGUCUCAAAAGUCGGAUCCCCUUGGUUGCCGCUGGCCUUCGCAAUUAUGUAACCUCUCCCUCUGCAUGAACUUCUCUGUCAUUUUCUCUUCGGGACACGGUAUUUUAAUCCACACCUAACCAUGUAUUAGAAGUAAGCAACCGACAGAGACAAAGGGGCUCGCAUUCCAGCCCCACAGGAACUGGUCCUGAUCAGGUGUUAGCCAUUUUGUUUUGGGCGUAAAUAGAAAGAUUUAUGCUUACACCCUCACCGUGAGACGAUUAACAGCGAAGCCCACAGACAAAUAUUUUCGUGCAGCGAUGUCAUUCAGAGUCUGGACUUGUGGCCUGACAGCUUGUUGCAGGUCCAUAUGGAGCUAACAUCCGGGGGAAUAGAAUCUACCAGGCAGCUUGCCUUCCUUUAGUCUGACCCAGGACGCUGACCUCAAACCUUCCCAGUGCCUCGACAAAAGAAUUAAGGCCCGAAGAAUUAUCUGUUCUCUUAUGUCUUCUGAUUUCAGGAUGUCAGUGUCGCAAAAGGAGGUGUUUGUUCUUUAUAAUGUCAAGAUGUGUUCAUGUCAGGUUGAGAGACACUUUGAGGUCUAGCAUAUCUGCCUCUCAACAACUGAAAAUUGCAGUCUUAAUAAAAUUUCAUCAGUAUGCUAACGCAGCAGCUUUAUGGAUCAUUAAACUAAAUUUGAAUCAUUAGAGGAAGCAAUAGGAAAAUGUGAGGUUUUGAGGCUGCAUUUGCACCUUAGCUAGAAAUGGGUUUUUUUUCUUCUACCACAGAUGAACAAACUGAGUCAUCAUCUCACCUACAUCUUCCUUGCAGCCACUAAACUUUAUCCAGGAAAGGGAUGCUCGCUUAGCUGGCUGAGCAUUGCCCAAGUAAAACGUGAGCAGCUACUUUGUUACCUGACAAAACCUCCAUGCUAGGGCUGAGGAUGUAGCUAGCUCAGGUGCUUGCCUAGCCUGCACUAAGUCCUGGGUUCAUUCUCUACAUCACAUAAAGCCAGGCAUGCUGGCACAACCCUGUAAUCAUCCCAGGAUGGAGGAGGUGGAGACAGGAGGAUCCAAAGUUCAAGAUAAUCCUUGGCUACUAGCGUUACAAGAGACCCCAUCCCCAAAAUAAAACACUAUUAUUCCAAACAAGUGUGCCUGCUAGGAUGGAUUUUGUGGGGCUGGGGAUUUAGCUCAAUGAUAGAAUGAUAGAUGAACAAGUGUUAGGUCCUAGGUUCAGCCCCCAGUUCAAAAUAACCAAAACAAACAAACAAACAAAAAAACGCCAAGGCAAAAAUCACAAGACUACAUUUCGCCAAAUGUCCUUAGAGACUUCUAAUAUUUUUCAGAUAUCUUAUUUACUAUCUCAACAGUUUGGUCACGUGACACACAAACCCUCAGACUAUGACAGAUUAGCAAGCAGUGUUCCAGGACAGCUGUCUCAUUAGUUUAUUCUUACUAAUGUGAGUUGAGUGUUGCUACUGCUGCUUAGAAUAGACAAAGCCCUGAGAACAGUUGCUGUGUUGCCAAAAAUGCUCCCUGGGGUCUCAACGUUUGUGCCAAUAUUAAACUCAUACCCCUUCCCCGAAAGUCUACACAGAUUUUUGUCUUUCGAAAAAUCAGAGUGUAUACAUUUGUAACAAUCACUCUAACUUAUCUUCUCCUUCUUUUUCAAAAGUCUCAUUGUAAAUUCUUGAAAAAGUAGAUUUUUUAAAUUUUAUUUAUUUCAUGUGUAUUGGUGUUUUUGCCUGCAUGUAUGUCUGUGCGAGGGUGUCAGGUCCGCUGGAACUGGAGUUACAGUUGUGAGCCACCAUCUGGGUGCUGGGAAUUGAACCCGGGCCCUCGGGAAGAGCUACCAGUGUUCUUAACUACUGAGCCAUCUCUCCAGCCCAAGUAGACCCUUUCUAUCAUAAGGAUUUACCAAGAACUGUUAGAUUAAUAAGUCAAGAAAGUCGAGCAGACCUGUGGGAAACAUAAGCAGAGUUCGUUCUUGUGCCUACGAUAGACUUUGAUUCUGCCUCUUCCGGUUUGGAGGAAUUUGAUAAAAUGAUCUCUGUGGUAUUUUUCUAGCUAAGAAAAAUUCUGUGUCUACUAUUCAUAUUUCUUUGGCCAAUUCGUAUUAAUACCACCCAUUUUGGUGCUGUGUUUGAAGACAUAUGCUUUAAAAAUUAUUUAUAUAAUUGUUUUUUUUUAAAUCUCUACAACACUAUAAAUUGAAAAAACUGUGACUCCUAGAGCCUUGGGCAGUGCACCCGGCCUACAUCUACGGCAGCCCUGUGCUGUGCCCGGGAUGGGCCUAACUGAUCCUAAGAGCUACACUUUCUACUCUUAAUACUCUUUGACCAUUUCUAAGUUUUAGAAUAGAAAAUCCGGAAUCAGAAAGCCACUUUGUCUGUGACUUGUCACCAGCAUGACCCUCACUGGCCUGUGAGUCCAGUCGGUGCCUCUCUCAGCAUUUUCCCUGAUUCCACGAACUUUAUCACCUCAUCCAAAGCCGAGACAGGACCUCCACACAGCCCGGGACCCCAAACUCUUUCUCCACCAGUGCCGAUUCCAGACUGUGUUCCACCUGCAGCCCCCUUGGCUGGACACGGCUCCUCUGCUUCUCUGUUGACAUUAUACCCAAGGGAAGUUUCAGUACUAAUUCCGAUGAAUCUUCCCUUAGAUUUCCUCAUCCUUUAGAUGACUGCACUUUUGAUCGAUGCAGAUUCAUAUGUGGCUUCUCUCCCCACGUUUUGGUAAUGAUUAUUAGCCUGCCUAAAGAGAUUUCUUCGGGCUCUGAAUUCCCUCCCUAAGACAUAACGGUCUCGUUAUGGGCAGGUGUGUUUAGCAAUCUCAGAAAAUGAGUUUGGGGAGGUUAAGUCAGAUCUACAAGAAAAGUUCUGAAGUGGUGGCCAAAGGUAACCACGUUUCCACCUUUAAUAUUAAAUCAGCAUUAUUUAUAUUCCAAAUAAUUAUGGGUGUUUAAGUAAAGAAUUAUAAUAUUACUUGACGUGGGGUUUGCACAAUCCAGAAUGUGCUAAUUUACUUAAUUUAAUUAAUUAACACCUUCUGGAUUAAGAUCAAGAUGUCUAAUGCUGUUAAUCAAUAAUGACUUAAUAACUCUGAGCCACCAAAUCAAUACUCUCUCUUUUUUAAGCAUUCUGAUGAAUAAUUGAAAAGCGGAAAUCGGGUCUGGUGGGCUAGCCAGUAACCCCAGCUACUUGGGUGGCUGAGGCAGGAGAAUUACACGUUCAAGACCUACUUGGUCUACAGGGUGAGCUCCAGCCAGCUUGGGCCACUUAAGUGAGACCCUGUCUCGAAAAUAAAAAAGAACAGAUCGGGCUGGAAUUCGGUGAGAUUGUCUGCCUGGCACCUGUGCUGCCCUAGCUUGAAAUCUCAGUACAAAAACAAAAACAAAAAACUCCUUUGUAACAUAUCUUUCUCCAAAAUCCAAUGAGUCAAUUAUAUAAAACUUCAAAAUUAUAAAGUUUUAAAAAACAAAAAAUAAUGAAUUCUUUAUUUAACAGCUGACAGAUUUAUGUGCUUAGAAACUUGAAUACUUGAAGCACAAAGCAAUUUUAAAAAAACAUUAGAGACACAUCUGUUUAAGGACAAAGGAACAAAAUCAUAGAGUUCCUCUAAGCAAAAACAAACCAACCUGAGAUUAUUUGUGCUUAACUGUUUGCACUUGAUGUCGCCUGCAGCGCAGGUGCGGACGUGCCAUAUCGUAAAGGGCUGUGCGUUUUAUUUUUGCUCCAGAUUGUUACUUACAGGAGCCCAAAAACGUUACUUUGAAAAAUUAUCAAUUUACUGUGACAGAUAUGCUGAACAAAUUCCAGUAACCUUUGUGCUUGGGUUCUAUGUGACUCUGGUAGUAAACCGAUGGUGGAACCAGUUUGUGAAUCUGCCUUGGCCGGACAGGCUCAUGUUCCUCAUCUCCAGCAGUGUCCACGGGAGCGACCAGCAUGGGCGCCUGCUCAGAAGGACGCUGAUGCGCUACGUCAACCUGACCUCCCUGCUCAUCUUCCGCUCGGUGAGCACAGCGGUAUACAAAAGGUUUCCGACCAUGGACCACGUGGUUGAGGCAGGUUUUAUGACAGCAGAUGAAAGGAAAUUAUUUGACCACCUCAAAUCACCACAUCUGAAAUACUGGGUCCCCUUCAUUUGGUUUGGGAAUCUUGCCACCAAAGCCCGGAAUGAAGGUAGAAUCAGGGACAGCGUCGACCUUCAAUCAUUGAUGACCGAGAUGAAUCGGUACCGCUCCUGGUGCAGCCUCUUAUUUGGCUAUGACUGGGUUGGCAUCCCGCUGGUUUACACACAGGUGGUCACCCUCGCGGUCUACACGUUCUUCUUCGCGUGCCUCAUUGGACGGCAGUUCCUGGAUCCCACCAAAGGCUACGCGGGCCAUGACUUAGAUCUGUACAUUCCGAUCUUCACCCUCCUCCAGUUCUUCUUCUACGCGGGAUGGCUCAAGGUUGCUGAGCAACUGAUCAACCCUUUUGGAGAAGAUGAUGACGAUUUUGAAACAAACUGGUGUAUUGACAGGAACCUGCAGGUCUCCCUCUUAGCUGUGGACGAAAUGCACAUGAGCCUGCCCAAGAUGAAGAAGGAUAUUUAUUGGGAUGAUUCUGCCGCUCGGCCCCCGUACACACUGGCAGCGGCUGAUUAUUGCAUACCCUCCUUUCUGGGCUCAACAAUCCAAAUGGGGCUGUCCGGGUCCGAGUUCCCCGAGGAGGACUGGCUGUGGAACUAUGAGAAGCACGGCCACCGGCGCUCGGUGAUGAGGAGAGUCAAGCGCUUCCUGAGUACCCACGAGCACCCCAGCAGCCCCAGGAGGAGGACUUUCGGCAGGCAAGCCAGCGACAGCUCCAUGUUCUUCCCGCCCAGCCCAGCUCGGGAUCUGUUGGACGUGCCUCCGAGAAAUCCCCACCGAGCCUCUCCUACCCGGAAGCAAUCCCACUCCCUAGAGGGCAGCCCUAAACUGCAUUCCAGCAUGGGCGAACUGUCCACCAUCAGGGAGACCAGCCGCACCAGCACUUUGCAAAGCCUGACCCCGCAGUCCAGUGUGAGGGCCUCCCCUACCAAAAUUCCCCAGGUCCCUGAGGUCCUGAUCACAGCGGCUGAAGCACCGGGGUCCUCCUCAGAUAGCCAUGAUCAGGACUCUGCUGCCUCCAUCUUGAGCCUCGAGUUCACUGGGGUGCAACCUAGCAGGACCGAGCAGCAGGAAGACCCCUCAGGGAAGGCGACGCCAUCUGAGGACCGCAAUCCCCAGGCUGUUUCAGCCAGUACUGAAAGAGACUUGUUUACCUUUGAGGAAGAUCCAGGUGAUGACAGAUUCCCCCAAAGGUGGAGCCUUCCAGAGUUACGGGAGUCCAGGCACACCUCCUUGGGAAACUUAGGUCCAGAUCCUAUGAGCCCCGGAGCAGCUCUCUUACCUGACACGGGAACAUCCUCAGAGACCAGCGUAAUCCGUCCCAGGGCUAGCUCUGGGGUCUCUCCUGACAUCCUGUUCUUAAUGGAAAACUUAGACACUAAGGAAACAGACAUCCUGGAGUUUAACAACGAGCACCCUGAAGAAUCACCUAAGGGAACGCCGCAGCGCCCCAGGACCUGGUUCUAGCUCACCUUCCUCCUCUACACAGCUGUCAGUACCAGCUUGGGGACAGCCCCCAGGAGCUGGCCAGUGUUUAGAAAAAUAAUCCUACUGUAUAAGCUUAGAACUCUAAAGGGCAUUAUGGUCCUGCAAAACUCAAACGCAACCACAUUGUCUAACGCAAAGGGGCUUUCACGGAAGUUGAAUGGCCCAAAAUGAAUUAUCAUAACCAAAUAUGGGAUCUCAUAUAAAUGUUCAUGGCUUAUACAUCCAUAAGCUUUGGAAAGGACCAUACAGAUCAUAGUCUAAUCCCCUAGAAGCAAAGGCCCAGACACAAAGGGUCCCAUUUCUUUCCUGGUUCCAUCCCAUACCUCUCUUUCUUUAGCUACAGAGACAAAGUUAGACCAUGCCAUGCCCAGAGACCCUUUCUGCUUAGAGCUGUUCAACCAAAGCUUCCUGCCCGCCCAACCACACUUUCUGUAACUAUUGUUACCAUCUUUCUUGAGCUUCUAUACUUCCUCAGCAUCAGAAAGUUCUGUCUCUCUUUCAUUACUAUUUCUAUUGUCUUCCUUUUUCUCUCUUCAUCUUUUGUCUCUGCAAUCUUUUUUCUGCCCUUUUCCUUAGUCUAGCUCCUCCGGUGACUCUAAUCUGUCCCUCUUUCCAGGUUACAGAAAUUUUCUCUUUUCAACUCUGUUGCUUACUCGCUGUCACAGUGUUCAAACUAUGAGACACUGGUAAAGCCCAGUACAGGAAUCGAACGCAUCCCAGCCUUGCAGAAAGAGGUGUGUGUGUGCCGAUGGUAUCCACCAUCUCAAACCUGCUGCUUCCGCUCUUUCGUCUUGGAUACUGGAGAAGACUGAGUCUAAGAGGAUCUGAAAUCCGCAUAGCCUACUGCUACAUCCCCAAAGGAUGACACGGUUUCAUUCUAUUGAACUCACACAGUCUUAAGCAAAAACAUCCCAAUUGUGCCACAGCAUGGGACCAGUUACUGAGUCUGCUGGGUUGUUUUAUAUGACGUAGGAUGUUAGAGCUGUGUGGACUACAGGGUCCAUGGCUGCGUGAUGACAACAGACUGUUGCCAGCUUCCUUUCAGAAGUUCUUACGUUAUGUUUUGCAAGCUCCCGGCUUUGAAAAGUGUGGCCUUUCUGGGUGCCAUCUUACCCAUGUGUCAUAUAACGGAACUUGAGGUGUGGCUUGGUUGGCUGUCUCAGUGCUCCACGCAGCCGUAUCUGAAGUUCACAUGUGAGUUUCCAAUGCUUGAAGGAUUCCCAUGGGACCGACAUACCCUUAGCGCCACUUUAAAGAUGAAAAUAGAAGCAAUGGAGAACUCAUUUUCCCGAACCCACAUAGAUGGGCUCACACUUCCUCGCCAUACCACUGUAAGACCGUGAAUCUGCUAGCGAUUUGCCCCCAAAUUCUAGAGGACGCUCCAAGGUGGCUAGUCACAGGUUUGUGCCAAACCUCUUCAGCCUCGGAACCUAUCUGAAUCCUCCGUGCCCCAAACAGUUUCCAGUCACAGAGGAGAGAAGAGCUUUCUGUCUUUGAGCCCUUGCCAUGGUCCUCUCCUUUCACUGUAAAAGCUGGCAGGAGCCUCUUCUUUUCUUCCCCCACUUUGGAGUCCUGGUGUGUUGGGUUAUAGUGACAUUAACACAAGAGCUCAAUUCUCAGCAGGGGCUUUUCUUCAAGGACUAAAAUGGUUUGCUAUUAGAAGGCGUGCUUCACGUGGAUGUUUCUCUAUGUUGGCCCAUACUGUUAUCACCCAAGAAAGGACUGUAAUCCCCAAACCAUCACGGACAGACAGACAGACACAAGCCCCAUGGUGUUUCUAAAACACCAGAGUCCCAACCUUUCCCCAGUCACCAUUGUCUUCAGACACUUUUCUUGAGUGCUUCAAUAUAAAUCCCUCCACCGGCUUCUUUGGCUCUGUUUGCUCAAGUAUAAAUAAGUUUCUACUUAGCUAUCUUUGAAGAAUAAUCAGUUUUUAUCCUUAAAUCCUCAGUUGUCAACUCUACACAGAAGAAUAGUUUUAUGGAGAAAUGGGAAGGUGUUCAUUUAUCUAUUCCUGUGCAUCUCUUAUCCGCUCUCAUUCCAGAGAAUUUUCUAAGUUAUUCAAUAUUUUUCAAAGUUUGGGAUGGCCUCCCAUUUUUCUCCUCAUGCUGAAAACUGAAUUAUGACUUGCUCAAAGAGCCCAAAGGAGGAGAUUUUCCAUCCUAGAAUGAGUCUUUAUCCUGCAUGGCCAAGGCUGCAAAAAUAAAAGGAUUUAUUCUCUUGUGCCUGAUUUUUUUUCACCUGCC